AUGGCGAUGCCAACGAUUAUAAGGUAUUCCGGGAUUAUGAAGAGUACUGUGAAGAAAUCUCAAUAGAAGAGACUUUGACUGAUCCUAUUACAAGUUUAAGUUGGAUUUUGUCGAAUGAGAGAGAUUCCAGCUUAUUUUGGAAUAUUAGAUCUUUCUGGAGAGGAUAUCGAAAUUUUAAAAGUAAUGUAAAUUUGAGUGAUUUGGAACCUGGACAAGAUGAACCGUUGUAUAAAUUAAUGGACAAAAUUACCGAGGUGUUAGCAAAGAAUCUCCAUGACCUAGUUACCAGCAUUGAAAGCUGUGUAAUUGAAGAGAAUAUAAAAGUAAACGCCAUUAGACGACUUAUCAGACUUAGUAAGUUUUUUGCCUAUUCUAUUAUGGCUUUUAAUAAUCUUGGUUAUUUUUUUGAUAGGAAACUUUACAUCGUAUUCGAAAAAUCCGUUAUGAAAUAUUUAUUGAAAAGUCAAGAUUAUAUCAAAACCGACGAACAUCAUUACGUGCCAUGGAUUAUUCUAUUUGCAAAUAAGGUCGCAUAA